GGAGGAGCCAAUUCCGAAGGAUAACCGCUUCUCGGCUGUCACGCAGAGACGCGCUUGCCGGCUCCACCAUCUCCGGCCGCCGGCCGCCCCCCUCCAUCAUCAUGGCACCUUAGCCGAGGGAGCCGGCCUCGCGACGGCGAUGGGCGAGCGGCGCCGGCUGAGCUCUCCGCUGCUGCUGGAUCAAUGCACCUGGCGGGUCACCUUAGACGGCGACACCUUGCAGUGGCGCGAUCCCCGGCCGCCGCCGUCCCGCGGGGAAGAGGGAUUUUCAGUGCCCGCCUCUGAGAUUAUUGCCGUGGAGGAAGCAGAAACUGACAAGAAACAAUCUAAUGGUCGAAGAUGGCAAAAAAUGGCAAAGCAGCAUGCUUUCACAGUAUAUUAUGUGAAAAGGAAACAGCCUCACUGCUGGCAGUGCAAGGAAGCAAUAUUUUGGUGCGUUGAUGAGCAGCUUUGUAAUCAAUGGAUACAGGCACUAAAAGAAUUACUGGAUUCGCAGACAUCUAGACCAAAGCACUUGCUUGUAUACAUUAAUCCAUUUAGUGGGAAAAAGCAAGGGAAGAGGAUAUAUGAGCAAAAAGUCGCUCCACUGUUUCGUCUGGCUUCCAUCUUCACAGAAGUCGUUGUCACUGAACGUGCUAAUCACGCUAAGGACAAUUUGUCUGAAGUUAAUCUAGCGAAGUACGAUGGUAUUGUUUGUGUUGGUGGGGACGGAAUGUUCAGUGAAGUGAUGCAUGGUCUGAUUGGAAGAACACAGAAGGAUUCUGGCAUAGAUCAGAAUGAUCCCACAGCACCAUUAGUCCCUUGCAAAACAAGGAUUGGCAUAAUCCCCGCGGGUUCAACAGACUGCAUAUGCUAUGCAACGGUUGGUAUCAAUGAUCCAGUAACAUCAGCAUUACAUAUAAUUGUGGGGGACAGUCAACCUCUGGAUGUCUCUUCAGUACACUGCAAUAAGAUAUUUCUGAAGUACUUUGUGUCACUUUUGGGAUAUGGAUUUUAUGGAGAUGUUUUAAAAGACAGUGAAGAGAAACGCUGGAUGGGGUCUGUCAGAUAUGACUUUGCAGGUUUCAAGAAUUUCCUUUCCCAUCAGUGCUAUGAGGGCACGGUAUCCUUUCUUCCAGCAACAUAUACAAUAGGAUCUCCAAGAGAUGGACGAACCUGUAAAACUAAGUGCUGCAUUUGCAAACAAAGCAAGCGACAGCUGGAACAGCUGCAGAGAUUUGAAAAAGAGCCACAUGGGCAUGACAGAAGAGAUCAAUGGAAGGUUAUUAGAGGAAAGUUCUUAGCCAUCAAUGCAGCCAAUAUGAGUUGUGCCUGCCCGCGGAGUCCAAAAGGCCUUUCACCAUCUGCUCAUUUGGGAGACGGCUGUGCAGACCUCGUUCUUGUUCACAAAUGCUCCCGAUUCAAUUUUCUGAGGUACCUCAUAAGGCAUACUAAUGAGGAUGAUCAGUUUAACUUCACCUUCGUAGAGGUUUAUCGAAUCAGGAAGUUUAAUUUUACAUCACAGCAUUUGGAGGACAGCAAUGACAUCAAAGACAUGCAAAAGAAGCACUUUGGGCAGUUCUGCAGAGACCAUCCCACUUGCUGUUGCAUCCUUUCCAGCAGCACCUGGAACUGUGAUGGGGAGACUCUGGAAAGUUCAGCAAUCGAAGUCGAGGUUCACUGUCAGUUAAUCAACCUCUUUGCAAGAGGAAUAGAGGCCCCAUCAAAAUACGAAGAAUCACCUUCCAUGUUAGGAGCUCCAUCAAACCCGGGACAUCUGAACUCUUAACUCUCUACAAAAGCCAAGCAAAAGAAAAGAAUAAGCACUUCGGGCAGGAAAAUAAAUAUUUCAAAACUGGAUACUUUUUUUGGGUUGAAUUUUAAUUUUGGUAAAUACUCAUUUUCAAUGGGUAUUUUUGAAAUAUUUAUUUUUGUGAAUUAGGCUAUAAUUUUAGAAUAAUUUAACAUGAUCAAUAUGGUAGGAACUGGAGAACCCUUUCAGAACAACUGCAUUUUUGUGCAUUUUUAAAGAUCUAAUUCCACGGCUGUAUUGCAAUAACAGUGGUGCAAAACAAAUGGCAUGAAGUUCCGUAAGAACUUGGCCACUGAAUUUGUGUGGGAUGCAUAUUUACCCUGGAUGUCACUGUGCAAAUUGUUUUCAUUUUCUUCAUUUUCUUAGGAUCUGGUCACAGUCCGAUUUUUAUAAAGGCUCUAUUAUAUUGGCUGUCAUUACACUACUCAAAAGUAGCAAGUUCUUAUGUUAUUAAUGGCUCCAGUGUCUCCUUAAAUUACAGCAAAAUCAUUCAGUGUGACAGUAUUUUGCAACUUAUCAAUGCAAUUUAGAUACACACAUUCCUGGCUUUAAAUAAUAACCUACAGUUUAUAUGCAUACAUAUAUAUUUUUAGUAAAUUCAAGAGGCACGACUUCGUAUGAAAGCCACACUAUUGCUCGAGAAACUCCUUUGCUCUUUGUAAUCCUUAAGAAACUAUAAAAUUUACCUGAAUCUGCUUGUAUGGCUACAGCAAGCACAAAUAUAUGCGAAAGCCAUUCAAGAUGGCUGUUACGCAGUAUCUAGGAAUGGAAAAGUGAAGACAUUCCAGGACACCAGCAGAUCUUUGAGAUAUUAUUUUCAGUUCAUUUGAAAUGUUUCUCAUAGCCAGUUUAUACAAUCAGCAGGAUUAGUUACACUUUUCCUGGCCUGCUCCAUUUUACGUUGUAUGCUGCUCCCCACAAAACGCUUUAUAAGUUAGGCUUCUCCUUGAUAUACGAGGUUUCCAUAAGUAUGGAGUGAUUUUCAAGUGGGAUCAUUCAGUCGCCCAACCUGCAGCCUGGAUUGGGACAGUCCUAAGAAUGUUGAUAAUAUUAGCCAACCCCAAGACAACGCAGCAUCAUUCUAGGAGAUUCCUCCGCACCGGAAAGAAUCUCUUCAUAACAAAUUAAGCGUAGCAUGCCGAGACCGUCAGCAAUGUGGCUGGCAGACAUUGUUUUUUUGUAUUUAGUAACUACUGAAAUCAAGUCAAAAGUGGGUAUUUAUUUUGAUGUGUGGCCAUUUUGGAACGAAACUGAUGUUGGAGAAAUCACAAGUUUGCUUUGCAUGUUAAUUUCUGAUACAGUAAAAGAGAAAAAGGCUUGCAAUGAUAUCAGAAGUGUGUGUGUGUGUGUGUGUGUGUGUGUGUGUGUGUGUGUGUAAUUUGUAUUGAAGAAGGAAGGGAGGGAAGAGGGAGGGAUUUUAUAACAAUUUGGACCAAGCUCUACUGUGUCAUUCUGGUUUUUGACUUGCUUAGAAGAGAAAGCAACUUUGUACCAUUUGUCACUUUCCCCAUUUUAUGCUUUUCUUAAGAAUAUUCUGUUUUCCAAACAGUUAAAGUGGCAAUACUGUGUUCAUUUACUAGGAACAAUAUGCUGUUGCUCUCAACAAGAUGUAAGAUUUGGGAAUAAAUGCCUAAGUGCUC